AUGGGGUUUAAUGUUGAAGAGACCAAGGAGUUGUAUCACGUAAAGGUAGCAGACAAAACUCGUCCUGAUGUAACCAUCUCGUGUAAAUGUAUGGCUGAACUUAAUGCUUUGAGACACUUAAUUCUUGAUGUAUCAUGCCUUGAUCAAGAUCUCGACAUGAGAUUCAGCUUUGAUAGAUCCAAAUGUGAAAGGCGGUUUAAAGUGGCCGCUUGGGAAAUCUUCCUGCGCGAUAGCGUUUGCGGUGUUUGGCAUACCGUAGCAACUACAUAUCCAAGCCCAGGCUUCAAGUCCGUGAGGCGGAUCGAUUUGAUUUCAGAACUGGAAUUGGAGGAACCUCAAGGGAAAUCAAUCAAUGAAGUGACAGUAGUUUUGUUUUGCAAGUUUCAGGAGGAAGAGGUGAAUAUGAAAUGUGUUUCAGACAUGCUUAAAGAUUGUCUGAAAGAAGUGUGGGAUUACUUUUAG